AGCGGCACCAACCAUUUAUUUUUGAGAACCGCGUGAGAGGUUGAGAAUCCCUUUUCUAAACAAACUAGAACCAGUCUCCACAGUCUAGUAGGUCUCUCCUCUCAAAUCUCAUCUUCAACAACUUCGCCCAAGUCGUUGAUCUUCUUGGACGAUGCGUUAUGUUUACCGAAUGAGUUUAACCUCUGGCUAAAGAAUGAAUUAGGCAUUUUCUAUGAAUGAAAAAGGAACCUAUCUGCAUGGACAACUCGUUUACACAUCAUUUGGACCACAAUAUGCCAUGCUCUCUAAGUUAUAAGUCAUUCUGCAAUUGAAUUUGCAACUAAAGAACUGAUCUUGUAUACUGGCCGUAUAACAGUUAUUCUCGAAUGGAAAUGCAUCUUCCUCAACUUGACAAGAGAUGACAGUUGAAGAUGAUGAAAGGGCCGCUCCAUUGUAUUUGGAAGUUCCCGCACAAGAACUGAACAAAGUGCUCAAAAUGGUUCAUAAAGCACAAUUGUUCCGGGUGUUUGCUUUCACUAUCAUUUUCAUGACCAUUUUUUCGUUCUUGAUUUUCUUAAGUCGACCCCAGAAAUGCAUUCAAGUAUCUGUUUCCUUACAAGAAUUUCAUCCCUAUCACGUAAAACGAACUAGAGUAGUCCAAGCUGUUGAUGAUACGCCAGUUUCAUCAAAACCUCACAAUUUCAUUUUGAGUGCAGCGAGAUUCAGUUACAGCAAAGACGCUUUCUUCAGAGCUCGCUUGGUACAAUCAAAUUCUAACGCGAAGAAUGAAAAUACAAGCGAUAUCGAUGACGAGCUUGACAAUGAAAUAGAUAUUUAUGAAAAUGAUGGAGAUGAUAGUGAAGACUACGAAGAUUUGUCUGAAAAUAAAGUCUUCGAAGAUGGUGAUUUUGAUUACAACGAAACGGAACGCUAUGCCAUACAUUCAAACUUUAGUAUUAUUCUUCAAAUGUAUGACGAAUAUGCAAACUCCUUAAAAUCUGAAAGUGCUAUUUCAAGAGUCUCUUAUCAUUCUAGUCCUAAUAAACCUACAAACUUAUCAAUACAUUAUCAUAGUAGGAAUAGACAAAAAAUUAGAAACAUUACUCUUAUUAAUAUAGAAGGCGUUCCAAUAGUUGAAGAUAGAAUAUAUUGGUCAGAAGAGCUUGAGAAAGAAACUCCCAAAGGUUAUGAUGAUUCGGAGGCCCAAGCAAUUUUACAAAAAUUGCGAACAUCUCAGGUAAGGAGAGUUGAGCCUCCCACUUGGAAUCGUUGCGGUAGGCCGAAGAACCAGUACGUUGUGUUUGAAGACAAUUCCAAAGCUUGUGCGCGAUAUCGUUCGCCUCAUCAGUAUUUAGUUCAAGGUGAAAUACUUUCAUUUUACUUAGCCCGGUUACUUGGAAUAACUAAUAUUCCUAUUGUGGCCCUUUCGGCCGUUAAAGAGGAUUUCAAAGGCCAAUGGAGCAGAGAUAGUGUGAAAACAAAUCUAAUAGCUUCUAAGUGGGAAACAAACACAACUGUUGCCCUUAUUCAGUGGAUAGAUGAUCUCGAAAGAGAUAAGUUACCUAAACUGUUACUUUCAUCUUUGGUCCGUCAAAAAGCAGUUUCGGCGAAUUACGGAAGCUUGCUGACACUGACUGCUAAACAACUUGUGGAACUUCUUCAAUGGAGUGACUUGAUCAUAUUUGAUUAUAUCACCGGGAAUUAUGACAGAGUUGCUAGUAUGCAGGAUGCUGCUGACAAAGAAAACAAGUCUUCCAUUUUAAAUGAGACCAUCCAUAACUUGGUUCGUUCUAAAAUCUCUGGAGCAUUGUGGCUCAUAGACAAUGAGAGUGGACUUUUAGACAGUUAUUCCUUACUGUAUGGACCUGCUGGGCAGGAUGGACGAUUUCUUACUUUUCAUAAGCAAAUGCUCAAUACUAUUUGUUUGUUCAGAAGAAAGACCGUGGAAAGGAUACGUUGGUUGAAUGAUUCCAAAAAUGCUGGUCAAAAUUUGUUGCAUUUAGUUCAACAAUUGGAACCUCUGUUCUCGCCCAUUAAAAAUAGCGAAGAAGUAUCAAAACGUCUUCAAGAAAGAAUUGGAGAAGUAAAGCGACACAUAGACAAAUGUCUGUUGAAAGUGAGUUGAAACCGAAACCCUAUUUUAGAUUCCUCAUGCUAUCCAUCUAGAAGUUUCCAUCCGAGUUUUUAAUCUGGCUUCCUCCGUUGUAAUAUUUAUCCAAGGCAAAACGAGUUUCUUCAUCAUUAGUUCUACUGACAAAAGGA